AUCCCUGGCCACCGGCGGAAUUAGUUGCAGCCAGUGGGCUAUGAAAGAAAGUAAUGUGCAUCAUCGCUUUUGGUCUGAAGCAUUCAAGAGCUAGGGCUGGGCCCUCCGACAAUCUUUCCUCCAUUUCAGCAAUCCUAGAAGUCAUGGUGGAGUCACAUGAAAACAGCUGCCUGAACAACUGAGUCAUCUCAUGGAGGCCAAGAAUCUAGGAGAGUCACUCUGCCUACAAUGGACUUUGCAUACUGCCACGCAUUAAGCCCCUUGAGGGUGUGGAUCAGAUGCUCAGAGGACAGCUUUUCCCAGUACUGUGGCCUGGAUAUAUUUCCUCACAGCCCCUUGUCAAGGUGUACCGUGUGAUGUGGGUGUCUUUGUAACAGAAAGCCACAGCAGAUGCAGUGGAACAGUGGUUCGCACAACCCAAGUGUGUCCCCACAGCUUGCGCAGUGGAAGACAUUUAGCGAACGCUCUUCAAGCUCCCAGACUCUGACCCGGUUUGAUUCUGACAUUGUACCAGCUGAUCCUGCUGGCCAUGUGAGCUGGUUUGAUUAAUGCCUUUGAAGAUCUCAUGUCCUGUCACCAGGUGGUUAGAGCCGUUACUAGUUUCACGAUCAACAUGGGGGACUCCAACGUAGAUACCAGCGCUACUAUGUCUGAGGCAGUGACUGAAGAAAUGUCUCUUUUCAGCAUGACGGACAUGAUUCUAUUUUCACUGAUUGUGGGUCUCCUAACUUACUGGUUCCUGUUUAGAAAGAAAAAAGAUGAAAUCCCUGCAUUCACCAAAAUCCAGCCAACGACCUCCUCGGCCAAAGAGAGCAGCUUUGUGGAAAAGAUGAAGAAGACGGGGAGGAACAUCAUCGUGUUCUAUGGCUCCCAGACGGGGACCGCCGAGGAAUUUGCCAACCGCCUAUCCAAAGACGCCCACCGCUAUGGGAUGCGAGGCAUGGCAGCAGACCCUGAGGAGUAUGACCUGGCCGACCUGAGCAGCCUGGCCGAGAUAGACAACUCCCUGGCAGUUUUCUGCAUGGCGACCUAUGGUGAGGGGGACCCCACCGACAAUGCCCAGGACUUCUAUGACUGGCUGCAGGAGGCUGAUGUGGACCUCUCUGGGGUCAAGUAUGCGGUGUUUGGCCUCGGAAACAAGACCUACGAGCACUUUAAUGCCAUGGGCAAGUACGUGGACAAGCGGCUGGAGCAGCUGGGAGCAAGGCGCAUCUUUGAGCUGGGGUUGGGAGAUGAUGACGGGAACUUGGAGGAGGAUUUCAUCACAUGGCGAGAGCAGUUCUGGCCGGCCGUGUGCGAGCACUUUGGGGUGGAAGCCACUGGAGAGGAGUCUAGCAUUCGCCAGUAUGAGCUUGUGGUCCACACAGACAUGGACAUAGCCAAGGUGUACAUGGGAGAGAUAGGCCGCCUGAAGAGCUAUGAGAACCAGAAACCUCCCUUUGAUGCCAAGAAUCCAUUCUUGGCUACAGUUACUACCAACCGGAAGCUGAACCAGGGGACUGAGCGGCACCUCAUGCACUUGGAAUUAGACAUCUCAGAUUCCAAAAUCAGGUAUGAGUCCGGGGACCACGUUGCUGUUUACCCAGCCAAUGACUCCACCCUCGUCAACCAGCUUGGUGAGAUCCUGGGUGCCGACCUGAAUGUCAUUAUGUCCCUGAACAAUCUCGAUGAGGAGUCCAACAAGAAACACCCCUUCCCCUGCCCCACCUCCUACCGCACGGCCCUCACCUACUACCUGGAUAUCACCAACCCGCCCCGCACCAACGUCCUCUAUGAGCUGGCCCAGUACGCCUCAGAGCCCAGUGAGCAGGAACAACUGCGCAAGAUGGCCUCCUCCUCGGGCGAGGGCAAGGAGCUGUACCUGAGCUGGGUGGUGGAGGCCCGGAGGCAUAUUCUGGCGAUCCUGCAGGACUACCCAUCCCUGCGGCCCCCCAUCGACCACCUGUGUGAGCUGCUGCCUCGGCUCCAGGCCCGCUACUACUCCAUUGCCUCAUCCUCCAAGGUCCACCCCAACUCCGUGCACAUCUGUGCCGUGGCUGUGGAGUACGAGACCAAGUCUGGCCGAGUCAACAAGGGCGUGGCCACCAGCUGGCUGAGGGCCAAGGAGCCUGUUGAGGAGAACGGCCACCGGCCUCUGGUGCCCAUGUUCGUGCGCAAGUCCCAGUUCCGCCUGCCCUUCAAGGCCACCACGCCUGUUAUCAUGGUGGGCCCUGGCACUGGCAUUGCCCCCUUCAUAGGCUUCAUCCAGGAGCGGGCCUGGCUGAAGCAGCAGGGUAAGGAUGUCGGGGAGACGCUGCUCUACUACGGCUGCCGCCGGUCUGAUGAAGACUACCUGUACCGCGAGGAGCUGGCCCAGUUCCACAAGGAUGGCGCCCUCACCCAGCUCAAUGUGGCCUUCUCCCGGGAGCAGGCCCACAAGGUCUAUGUGCAGCACUUACUGAAGAGAGACAAGGAACACCUGUGGAAGCUGAUCCACAAAGGCGGUGCCCACAUCUACGUCUGUGGGGAUGCUCGGAACAUGGCGAGGGACGUGCAGAACACCUUCUAUGACAUUGUGGCCGAGCUUGGGGACAUGGAGCACGCCCAGGCUGUGGACUACAUCAAGAAGCUGAUGACCAAAGGCCGCUACUCCCUGGACGUGUGGAGCUAGGGGCUGGUAGCCCCCUUCUGGCCCUGUCCCCAGACCCCCGUAGACUUUCCCUAGUGUAAUCACUUCCACUACUUCCCACCAGUCUCCUGGUGGUUUCCACUUGGCCCUGGAGGCAGGCUCAGUGACAAAAGACUCCUCCUAGACCAAGAUGUGCCCUCCUCAGCCCUCCAGGCUGGGCCAGUCAGCCUUCACCAGCGGCCCACCUUCACCAGGCAACUCCCCCCAUGGUGCGUGACCAAGGGUGGGCAGCCCCGUACCUUGUGAACGCCUCAGGCCCUCAGUGGCUGAGACAGAAGGGGCCCUUCUCUCGGCUGAGCUGGGGCCUGGCCCCUCACAUGAUUUUCGGUGAGUGUAAAUAAUUUUAAAUAAUCUCUGACCCUUGGAAUAAAGUUCUGUUUUCUGUA